AUGUCAGAACAAAUACUUCAUUUUAAAGUAUCCUACGCAAAGCAGAUGAUAGAUAUAGAAAUCAGCCCUGAGGAGCCUAUUACUAACUUGAAACAAUUUUUAGAGUCCAAAACAGGAGUCCCAGUCCCCAUGCAGAAAUUAUUUUUUAAAGGUAAGUUUCCAAUCAGGACCAAUUAAAGAUGAUACACAGCCAAUAGGCUCUUUAAACAUAAAAGCAAAUGCAAAAUUAAUGCUAAUUGGCUCGACUGCCUCAGAAAUCUCAGCAACUUCCUCAGCAAGGCCAAUCGCUUUUACAGAAGAACGUAAUGAUUAUCUAGAAAAAUAUAUGAUUCCGACUGAUGAUAUUUCAGCAGAGCAAAGGCGUGUAAUUGAAAAAGGCCCCCCAUCUGAUGCUAUCCCUGCUGCAACUAUGAAUACCCGCUCUCCUGAUACAAUUCCUGGACUCUAUAAUCAUGUUGGUCACCCAGUCCGAGUAACAAUAAAGAGAGAUCUUGACCAGCUUUGGGUAGCUUCGACCACAAAAACACAAAAAAUCCCAUUUGCGUCAAUAUCAGAUAUUACUUCUCAGCCCAUCCUGCAGUAUCCUGGAUACUUAAUUGUGACUUUGCAUUUUGGGAAAACGAAUAGAGCAAAUCUGUAUUUUUUCCCAGCAUAAUAAAAAUGGCUAUGUAUAGAAGUGAUUGUCUACGACAAUCCUUCCUUGUGGCCUUUAUCUAUAUGCCAAUAUGGAAUUAUUGCAUAGGGUAGUUAUGGGCCAAGACAUAUGGUUUCACUGCUUUUACACAUCCGAUGAGAGUGACCCUUAGGCGGAAGACUCAUUGGAGUCAGGUUCUGGUGAGGCCAAACACGAAUUUAUGGCCUUUUGGUGCGCCUUCUGGAAUUUGCUAGGCAAUAUGGCUGCUGAUAUAAUCAAUCAAAGGAUUUAAAAGGAUGGGCCAUGCAUGCCUAAAUCAUCAUGCUGACCAAAUAAUUAGUAUUAUUAUUUUUUCCCAGCGCAAUACUUCCGAAGCUUUAAAGACUCAAUUUGUGCAUUUUUUGGGGAGAGUUAUGAUUAA